UUCUUGACCUCAGAGACGGAGAAAACACAGUCAGAAAUCUCGAAAACCAAGUGACAGCGGAUCUGCUUCUGUUUCUCACACGUUGGACGAAUUCUUCUCCUACAGGCUUGUUAGUUGGUUUUGUUAAGAGAGAGGAGAGAGAGAGAGAGAGAGAGAGAGAGAGAAUGAUUUAUAUUUAUGCUUUUGGAGAAGUAUUUAUAUGAAUGAGUGUAUGAGAACUCCGCCUUCUCUGCUAUCUCUAUCUAUUGACUCAGCUCUCCUCAACAUCUCCAGUAUCUCCGAUCUCUCUCCUCUCCCUGACCACAUAAUCUGCGAUCUCUUCUUGAAAACUUUGAGUGCUGGAAAGCUGAAUGAGAAAGUCUUGAAGCUAUUCAUAGCAACUGGCAAGGAUGAAGUCCUUUCACUAAUUGAGGCACUUAAUAUUCGGCAGAUCCAUAGUCCUGUCCUUCCUACCAUCUGUUUCAAGAUGUCUAACGCAACCAUCAACGAUAGUGAGGUUGACAUUGUGAUUGCAGCAAUCAACCCGGACCUGAAAUCAUUCUUGAAUGAAUGGAGACCAAUUAUCUCGCAGUUUCAUCUGAUUAUUGUCAAAGACCCUGAUAUGAAACAGGAACUCCAAAUUCCAGAAGGAUUUAAUGCAGAUGUCUUUACCAAAGCUGACAUAACCCGCAAGGUGGGGUCUUCCACCUCUAUUGUCUUCUCAGGUUACUCGUGCAGGUACUUCGGUUAUCUGGUAUCACGGAAAAAAUAUAUCAUCUCAAUUGAUGAUGACUGCACCCCGGCUAGGGACAGCAAUGGUGAUUUAGUAGAUGUUGUUGCUCAGCAUAUUGCCAACCUUAAAACUCCAGCAACCCCUUUCUUUUUUAACACACUUUAUGAUCCUUUCCGUAAGGGAGCAGAUUUUGUUCGCGGUUACCCAUUCAGCCUGCGGAGUGGGGUUACAUGCGGGCUAUCCUGUGGACUGUGGCUCAAUUUGGCUGACCUUGAUGCACCAACUCAGGCCCUCAAGCCAGAGCAGAGGAAUUCUCGAUAUGUGGAUGCUGUAAUGACCGUUCCAGUGAGAGCCUUGCUGCCUGUAAGUGGAAUCAACAUUGCUUUUGAUCGUGAGGUGGUUGGGCCAGCUUUGCUCCCGGCUUUGAGGUUGGCAGGUGAAGGAAAGUUUAGGUGGGAGACGAUGGAAGAUAUAUGGUGUGGAAUGUGUGUAAAGGUUGUAUGCGAUCACCUGGGGCUUGGGGUCAAAAGUGGGAUGCCUUAUGUAUGGAGAAAAGAACGAGGUGAUGCCGUUCAAAGCUUGAAGAAAGAGUGGGAGGGGGUGAAGCUGAUGGAGGAAGUGGUCCCUUUCUUUCAGUCGGUUAGGUUGCCUCGAUCAGCAGUUACAGCAGAAGAUUGUGUUGUCAGUAUGGCAAAGACAGUGAAGGAGGAGCUGGGAAAGGUGGAUCCUAUGUUUGCUCGUGCAUCGGAUGCCAUGGCGGAGUGGGUGAAGCUCUGGAAGUCAGUUGGAUCCAGCUCAUCUGGAGCUUAGUGGUUAAGCUCUGCAAUUUUAUGUUUUAGCUUUUCUUUAACAGUAAUUUACAACUAUAGAAUUUCCUGAUGUUGAUCUAUCCCUUAUGACUAACUAUAAUGAUGAAUUUGAUAUCAAGUAUGGGGUUGGAAAUAAAAAGGUUUGUUGUUUUCAGAA